AUGUACACAGGGUCUCCUGGUCUGCAGAAACAAGGGUCUUCCUAUGCGCACCCCUCUAACCAAGUGCAGGCCCAAGCCCAAGCCCAAGCUCAGGCUCAAGCACAACGGAUUCGCGCCCGCAACCAUUAUGACAUACUUGUCGGUGAAGGCUUCCGUGGCACGAAGCGCGACCGUCCUACCGAUCGUAGUCUGCCUCCUUCACUGAAGCGUCAGGUGAAGGAAAGUGCCUUCUACAGUGACCUUCAACGGAUGGAGCGCCAGCUUGACUGGACCAUGGCGCGCAAGCGCGCUGAGCUUAUGGACUCUAUGGGGAAGCCUCCAAAGGUGAAGCGCACUUUGCGCAUUUUUCUGAGCAAUACAUGUGCCAACCAGCCUUUUCAAGUUGAAGAAAAGGAAAAGAGUCAACGUGAUGCUGAUGCUGCCGAUGCCGAUGACGCCGAUGGCGGCGACGAGGAGGAUGGAGCCACCGCGCCGGCCGCGGAGGGCAAAUCUGCCGCGCCCUCUUCCGAUGUUCCGUCAUGGACACUCCGCAUUGAGGGUCGCCUUCUUGAUCCGAGCUUUCGGUCGCGGGCGGGGGCCGCGCUCUCUGCCCAUGCGACUGCUUCGCGCAUUGGUGCGCACAAAUUCAGCAACUUGAUUAAGUCCUGUGUGGUCGAAUUUAUGCGGGACCCCAACUUGUACCCGGAUGAACAGAUGGGGGCAAGCAACAUCGUGGAAUGGCACCGCCCUGCACCUAGCGUUGCGCCGCAACCACCGAUGCCGGGUGCUGGUGGUGGUGCUGUAACGGAGAACCCCCUGAUUCACAGUGCCGAGCCGGCGCUCGAUGGAUUUGAAAUUAAGCGCACAGGAACGGAGCCUGUGAAAGCCAAGAUUGUGCUGUAUCCAUUGUACGUGCCAGAGCGUUACUCUGUUUCGCCACCCCUGGCACAGCUACUUGAUGUGCAAGAAGAGACUCGUGCUGGUGUGCUGAGUGCUCUUUGGGCCUACAUCAAGCAGAAGAAUUUGUUGGAUGAGAACGACCACCGGGUUGUGCGCCUAGACCCGCCUCUGCAAGCCCUUUUCCGCACUCCUACUAUCAACUUCCACCACAUACCCGAGGUGCUGCAUCGUUUCCUGCACCCGCCUCAACCUAUUGUUUUGGAGUACUAUGUUCGGACUGACAGGGCUGAGUACCGACACCCUACUGCGUUUGAUAUUGAGCUGGACAUGGAAGAUUGGGCACUGCGGACGAAGCAGCACAAUGUGCUCUCGCGCUUCGAUGCCAACAGCUCCCUGAGCAACGAAAUCCUGGCGAUCGAUGACCAGAUUGCCCAGGCCGCUCUUACGAUUCGGAACCGAUCGGCUGCCCAGCACUUUUUCUCGUCGUUCGCCAAGGACCCCAAGGGUCAUCUCCAGGCAUGGAUUGCUAGUCAGGCUCGUGAUCUUGACAUGGUGCUGGGCGCGUCGCAAUCGGGACGCGGUCCAGAGGGCGAUCCCACGUCGUCGGUGCACUUCACGUCAGAGGAGAUGCGUCGCGCGGAGACGUUCCAUGGCCCAUGGGUGAACGAGGCGGUCAUUGUGUCUGAGUCGCAGCGCCUGGCGCAGCGACUCCAAGAGCUACAGUCGGACACGGUCCGUUCUUCCACUCAAGGCUCGUAG